UGUCCUGCCCCCGAGGUCUAACUCCUCUGAAGACAGGCGCACCUCCAGCCCUCGGCGUCUGAUCACGUUUUCUGAGCAAUAUGUUUCCUCAUCUGUGCGCUUAGGCGGCUCAGCUGUCAAAUCCCCAGGGGAGGGAGACGCAUCAACUUUGUAAAAGCAGCUCUUCAAAACGACGGGGGCGGAACACCUUUUCAACUUUAAUGGUUAUUAUAUGUGGAGCUCUUUGAACUCCGCAGACAACAAAGUAUGACACAGCACCUUGGCUUCCAUUCUUCAGAUGACACACGUUAGGUUUGAAAGUCCCCUAUUGGUAAAAGAGGGUAAACAUGAGAGCAUCUUUGCUUCACUUGACUGCUGCCCUUGUGGCUGUCCAUGUGAUCCACUGCCAAACAGUUUGCAACAGGCAAUCUUCAUCUGAAUGGCACCUUAAACAACACACAGUCCAAAUGAAUUGGACUCUCAAAGGAAACAUCUGUAGAAGCAUUUCUGAGUGCUGGCAUUCUCAGGGGGGAGAUGAGUCAAGUGAGCACCCUUUCAGCCUCCCACAGAUGUGCCCGCUACAGCUGCAACAUGGAGACAAACUGCUGAUGUCUGCUGAUGAAACGCUGCAGUCAUAUGGCAUCAGACUCCUCGGUGUUUCAGAAGACAGCUUUGAAAGCUGUUCCACAAAUGGACAGAUGAAAAAUAACUUUCUUUUCCCCCACAAUAUAAAUGAAAGCGAGGAAGUUGACGCCAAGUGGCUCGUCCCGGGUCGUCAUUAUUUCAUCGCUCUGCAUGAAGGAGACAUGCAGCUGUGCAAGCUUGGCUUAAGGCUCAAUGUGUCUGUUAAAACACAACUCUGUCGGGGCUCUCCUCUGCUUCGAAUUUGUUCAGGGAACGGCAUCUGUCAAACAGGCCCCUGGGAAGGUGCAUACCGCUGCCGAUGCCACCACCGCUACUCUGGGAGGUUUUGUGAAAAGUUUGAUGCUUGUUUGGAUAACCCUUGUGAAAGCAAAGGAAUCUGUUUGAGCAAUGGAUCCACAGAUCUGAGCCAUAGAACAUAUACAUGUCUGUGUCCUCUGCAUUUUACAGGGGUUAACUGCUCUGAACUUGUUGGGAAAGAAAACUGUGACAGAAUUUGUGGAAAUGGGACGUGCGUUCAAGUUUCGCCUAUCUCCUUCAGAUGCGUCUGUGAUACAGGAGUCUCUGGUCCACCUUGUGAGAAGGGGAAUGCUUCCUGUGAUCCAAAUCCAUGCCAAAAUGGUGGCAUAUGUGAAGAGGGUCCCAAAAGAUUUGUUUGUCAUUGUCCAGAAAGAUUCAGGGGCCUCUACUGUGACUCCCGACUUGACUCCGAUUGCUUGUCAUAUCCAUGUCAGGAGGAACAAAUUUGCACCACAGGGGAGCGUGCCUCUGAGUGUGUCUGUGCAGAUGGUAAUGUGGUCUCAGCAUGCAGAAGGCAGCAGGACCCGUGCAGCCCAUCACCAUGUCUCAACAAUGGCACCUGUGUGUCUAGGGGAACUGAUUAUGUCUGCAGAUGUGUGAGAGGGUUUUCCGGGAAGAACUGUGAAGGAAUAAUUGACUACUGCAGGCUGCUCAGUAUCAGCUGCCUAAAUGAGGGAUUGUGCUUCAGUGUAAUUGGCGGAUAUCAGUGUGUUUGUGCCCCCGGAUGGAUCGGAGAGUUGUGUCAAUAUGCAGGGGAUGCCUGCCUGAUAAAACCAAACAGCUGUUUGAAUGGUGCCACAUGCAUUACAACAAGUCAGCCUUCCUCUCCUCCACAUUACUCCUGCAUAUGCCCCCGUGGCUUCGGAGGAACACAGUGUGAGACUGAGAUCAACGAGUGUGACUCCAACCCCUGUCAGCACCGUGGCACAUGCUCUGACUUGCUAGGACGCUAUGAAUGCCAGUGUCCUACAGGUUUUCUGGGAAGAAACUGUGAGGUUGACAUAGAUGCUUGUGCUCUGCCCAAUAACACCUGUCCACCAGAGACACAGUGUUUGGAUCUCACAUAUGGCCUUGAAUAUACCUGUCGUGUACCCUGCCCUCAAACUCUUCAACCGUGUGCCAAUGGAGGACACUGUGUGUUGAAUAACGCCAGGAGCUACACCUGUUUCUGUGCACCUGGCUGGUCUGGUCAGAACUGCCGAAUAAAUGUCAAUGAUUGUGUUCAACAUUGGUGUCAAAAUGGAGCCACUUGUGUGGAUGAGAUUGAUGGUUACAGCUGCCUUUGUCCCGGAGGAUACACAGGCACCUACUGUGAAGAGGACAUUGAUUUCUGUGUUGGCCAUCACUGCUCUGAACAUGGUGUUUGCCUGGAUCAGCAGUAUAACUUCACCUGCCGCUGCAUGUUUGGAUUUGAAGGUUCUCUCUGUGAACUGGAAACAAAUGAGUGCAACAGCUUCCCCUGUGCAAACGGUGCCACCUGUGUGGACCUAAUCAGUGCUUAUCAGUGCCACUGUCCCCCAGGGUUUGAGGGACAGACCUGCUCUGAGAAUGUAAAUGACUGUUGGUCGCAGCCAUGUCUAAACGGAGGCUCGUGUAUGGAUCUGAUAAAUGACUACAUUUGUCAUUGUCCUUUUGGGUUUGGAGGGUCAGCUUGCGAAGUAAAUCUCAAUGAGUGUGAGUCAGAGCCAUGCCAGAACAGUGGUAUUUGUGUGGAUGGCAUCGACCUGUAUCAGUGUUUCUGCUCAGAGGGGUUUGGAGGGUUGAACUGUGAAAUCAACUAUGAUGAAUGUGUCCAUGGAUAUUGCACCAAUAAUUCCACAUGUAUUGACCUGAUUACAGACUAUGAGUGCAUCUGUCCUUCGGGCUUUGCUGGUAAGAAUUGCUCUAAAUCUGUCUUUGCAUGUGUAUCACGUGUGGAUUUCUGCAAAAAUGGAGGAACCUGCUCCCAAAACUUAGCUGGGGAUUUGCAGUGUAUUUGCCCCCCAGGAUACCACGGCAAUGACUGCUCUUCAUCUGUGGACCAAUGUGUGUCAAAUCCUUGUGACCCAGAGGGGACUCACCUCUGUGAAGUGCUGGCAAAUACUUACAGAUGUGUGUGCCAUCAUGGGUACGCUGGGCCACACUGCAAGACACCUAUAAACCACUGUGUUGACGGCUUGUGUCAGCAUGGUUCAGUGUGUGUGGAUUUAUCAAGGGGGUUCAAGUGCGAUUGCCUACCAGGUUUAACAGGCCAGUUUUGUGAGAUCAACAUUGAUGAUUGUGACGAACAGCCGUGCGGAGUCCUCAGUAUUUGUAAAGAUGCUCUAAAUGGCUACAAUUGCUUCUGUGCACCGGGCUUUAUUGGAAAUAACUGUGAGAUUGAAGUGAAUGAAUGUCUCAGCCAGCCUUGUCGAAAUGGAGGCUCCUGCAUCGAUGAGCUCAACUCAUUCAACUGCCAGUGUCCUCUUGGAAUCACAGGGGACCACUGUGAAGUAAACAUAGAUGAGUGCGUCUCUUCUCCCUGCCUGCACAAUGCCACGUGUGUUGACCUUGUUCACGGCUAUGAAUGUGUCUGUGUGCCUGGCUUUGCAGGUACUAAGUGUGAACUUGACAUUGAUGAGUGUGCUUCAUCUCCUUGCAAGAAUGGAGCCCCUUGCAUUGACCAGCCUGGUAAUUACUUCUGCCAAUGUGUGGCUCCAUUUAAAGGUCAGAAUUGUGAGUUCUUACCCUGUGAGGCCGGUAAUCCCUGCGAGAAUGGUGGAGUGUGUGUGGAGGAGUUGGAUCAGGACCAUUUCCCUUUGGGUUUCCGCUGUCACUGUCGCCAGGGAUUCACUGGCUCCCACUGUGAAAUCAAUGUGGAUGAGUGCAGCUCCGGUCCUUGUUUUCACGGCUUCUGCUAUGAUGCUGUAGAUGGUUUUUACUGUCUUUGCAAUCCUGGUUAUACUGGGCUGAGAUGUGACGAAGGCAUUGAUGACUGUGUGGACAGUUUAUGCAGUACCACUUCAGUUUGCAAGGACCUCCAUCUGGGCUAUGAGUGUGUGUGUCACUCUGGCUGGGAGGGGGAGUACUGCCAACAAGAAAUUGAUGAAUGUUUAUCACAACCCUGCAAAAAUAACGCCACCUGUACAGAUCUUCUCAAAGGCUACAAGUGCUUGUGCUCACCAGGCUGGACAGGUGUGGACUGUGCAGAGGAUGUGAAUGAGUGUGACUCUGGACCCUGUCUAAAUGGAGCUCAGUGUCAGGAGUCAGAUGUACCUGGGGAGUUCUCCUGCACCUGUCCCCCUUUUUUCAGUGGCCCGUUUUGCAACCAUCCUUAUGACCCCUGUGACCCCCUCCACAAUCCCUGCCUGCAUAACUCCACCUGCCUGACACGCUCCAAUGGAACAGCCUUGUGCAGAUGCCCAGCUGGAUUUGAAGGAAGUUGGUGUGAAAUUGACACCAAUGAGUGUAGCUCAAAUCCAUGCCAAAACCAGGGCGAUUGUGUGGACAGGGUCAACAGUUACAGCUGUAAUUGUAAGAUGGGAUUUUCUGGCCUUCACUGUGAGGAAAACAUCAAUGAAUGUGCCUCUAGCCCAUGCCACAAUGCAGGCAUUUGUCAAGACCUGGAGAGCAAGUUCAGCUGCAUUUGCCCUCCUGGUUAUUUUGGAACGCUGUGCGACCUGGAUGUGAAUGAGUGUGAAGUUUCACCUUGCCUACAUGAGGGCAUCUGUAUCAACACACCUGGGGGCUUCGAGUGUGUCUGUCGCCCUGGAUACUCAGGGACACGAUGUGAAGACAAUAUCAAUGAGUGUCUUUCAAGCCCAUGCCAAAAUAGUGGGAGAUGUAUUGAUUUGCCUAAUCAAUACCACUGCAUGUGUCCUGAUGGCUUCACUGGGCUCCACUGUGAGACCAACAUCAAUGAAUGCAUGUCAGCACCUUGUCUUCACGGGAGCUGUAGAGAUGGAAUAUAUUCAUACUCCUGCCUCUGUGAAUCUGGAUGGACUGGCAGCAGAUGCGAAACAAACAUUGAUGAUUGUGCUUCCAGUCCCUGUUUGAAUGGAGGCUCAUGUGUGGAUCUCAUUGAUAAAUAUGCAUGCUUCUGUCAGAAUGGCUACACGGGGAAAAUCUGUGAGAAUAAUGUGGAUAUCUGCAAGGAGACUGCUUUUAAUGUCUCACUGUGUUUAAAUGGAGCUACCUGCCUUGAUGGUGAAGGAUCAAAUUUUACAUGCAGCUGUCCACCAGGUUUCAUGGGGGAUUUCUGUGAAGUGGAUGUUAACGAAUGCUGCUCAGCUCCCUGCCACAAUGGUGCCAUUUGCCAAGAUCUUAUUAAUAGCUACACCUGCCACUGCAGGUCAGGUUGGACAGGCCUUCACUGUGAGGAUGACAUUAAUGAGUGCCUUCCACAGCCCUGCAACCAGGGGAUAUGCAUUCAGAAUGAUCCAGGCUAUGGCUACACCUGUUUCUGUCGUCCUGGAUUUGUGGGGAGGAACUGUGAGCACAACUAUGAUGAUUGCCUGUCGAAUCCAUGUCCAGAAGCACUUUCCUGUGUAGAUGGGAUCAACAAGGUCAGCUGCUUGCCCCCUGUUACGGAUGCUGUUCCCUGGGUGACUGUAGCCGAGGACAUCGCUCGUGGCUCCACACCCCGAGUGCUGCCACCAAUGCUCAACCCAGCGCCAACAGCUGAGCAACUCACAGAUUCAAGCUAUAAUCAGUACUUUGGGAAUUCAUACCUGGAGUUUGAGGGUAUUGACCUCAGCGCACUCAACAACAUUACUGUGAGAUUUCAAACCCAAGUGGCCUGGGGAACUAUACUUUAUGUGGACCAAGGACCUGUUAACGGUGAUUUCUUUUUUAUGAAACUCUUCGUCUUGGAUGGACUCUUACAGUAUGUAUUUUGCUGUAAUGAAGAGGAAACAGUUACAAGGAUCAAUACGUUAGUCCGUGUUGAUAAUGGCAAGCUUCACACUGUUAAUAUCAGACAGCGCCUGGAUCCCUGUGAAGCGGAGCUAACUCUUUCCGGUCAUGAGAAUAUCAAAAGUACGGCAGGUAAUUACUGGUUGGGAAACAUGAUACGAAGAACAAACCACGUCUUUGCAGGUGGUCUGCCACAACAGUAUCUACCCAGUCAGGGAGCAAAACCUUUUCACAACUAUACUGGCUGCAUUGAAAUAAUAGAAAUGAAUAAACUGAGGAGCUUUUACACAUCUGAUGCCAUCAGCGGCAGCAACACAGACCAAUGCAGAUACACUCCACAUGCUGUCGAACCAACCACAACAGGUUCUUCAAGUUUGGCAACUCAAUCAACCACCUCUGAUACAGUGAACACAGUGGGAGCCCCCACACUAACACCAGUUUGCCAUGAUGGUCUUUGUCGCAACAGUGGAACAUGUUAUGAAGUGCCUGGCGGAGCUCUGCCUUCCUGUCACUGCCCACUUCAUUUUACUGGCACUUUCUGUGAGAAAGAUAUAACAAUAUAUAUCCCCUCAUUCGAUGGCACAUCUUAUUUGGAGCUGCAGCCUCUUGCGUCUCUUCUCCAGCCUUCUGCUGCAAGGAAUGAUCUACCUGUCACUGCCAAGGACUCCACAGUUAUUCUCUAUUUGACAGUGAAAACAAGAUCUACACAAGGCACCAUCCUCUACACUCAGGAGCAGAACUUUGGUGAUCAGUACCUUCAUGUGUUCCUUCAAGAUGGAAGCCCUGUUGCUGAACUCGGCUGUGGGGGCAGUCAUGUCUUGAAUACAGCUGCAGGCCAGAACAUCAACAACAACAGAUGGACUUCAAUCACAAUCCAAUACAGUCUGCCUGUGGGCAAACACGGAAGGUCAUGUAUGAUUGAAAUAGCUGCAGAUAAUGGCACAGCUCAGCGUCUCGAGGAGUACAUGUCACACCCUGUGUCAGAGGGAAUUUUUGGAGCGAUAGUUCUUGGGGAUGUUUCAUCCCACCGGGAGACGCACGAUGGGGGUGCAAGGGGAGCGAGGAGAUUCAUUGGCUGCAUCAGGGAGCUUCAGGUUAACUCAAAGGAGAUUUUCUUGCUGGGUGAAGCAGUGAGAGGGAGAAACAUCAAGAACUGUGACCUGCCUGUCUGCCAGCACUUUCCCUGCCGUAAUGGAGGAACUUGUGUCAGCGAUGCUGAGGACUGGUUCUGUGAGUGCCCCCCGCUCUAUACAGGCCGCCUGUGCCAGUUCAAUGCCUGUGACCGAAACCCCUGUGGUUAUGGAGCCACGUGCAUCCCAAAGUCGCCGCUGGAGGUGGUGUGUCUCUGCCCCUAUGGAAGACAAGGCCUACUGUGUGAUGAACCCAUCAGUAUAACUCGUGCCAGGUUCGGUGGAAGUGAUGAGUUUGGUUAUAUGUCUUUUGUGGCUUAUUCCUCUGUCCUGAGCCUCAGUUUCUUCUACGAGUUCAAACUGAAGUUCACACUUGCCAACAAUUCAUCUGCUGUGAAAGAUAACCUCAUCCUGUUCGCUGGGCAUAAAGGACGAGGCAAUGAUGGUGACGACUUCCUUGUUUUGGGACUAAGGAAUGGCAGGGUUGUGCAUAAAUUCAACCUUGGAUCAGGUGUGGCCGCCAUAGUCAGCGAUCGACUGAACCACCAGAUCAGGAUUCACACUGUUACAUUUGGAAGGUUCAAGAAAACCGGAUGGCUGAAGGUUGAUGGACAACGCAGGAGGAUGGGAUCCUCUCCAGGAUCCCUGGUGGGACUCAGUAUUCUCAACCAGCUCUUUGUAGGUGGAUAUAAUGAGUACACCUCUGAACUGCUGCCACUUGGGUCCAGGUUCCUUCAUGGAUUUCAGGGGUGCAUUUUUGAUGUGCUUUUCCGCACAAGAAGAGACAGAAAGUUCCAGAUGCCGGGUCAGCCUGCAGGACAUUCAGCUUUUGGGCGCAGUGUGGGUCAGUGUGGAGUCACACCGUGUGCUCAUGUUCACUGCAGGAAUGGAGGGACAUGUGUAGACUCUGGCUCGUCUGUAUAUUGCCAGUGCCAUUUUGGAUGGAAGGGAGCUCUGUGUUCUGAGCACAUAUCUGUGUGUGACAUUGAGCACAGUCCCCCUCCUCUGUGUGCCCACGGCUCCACCUGCAUCCCUCUCCCAAAUGGAUAUACCUGCCGGUGUCCCCUAGGGACUGUGGGGCUCUACUGUGAGAAAGCUGUGACCAUCAGUGAUCCAUUCUUCAGCGGUAACCAGACAUCAUGGAUGUCAUUCCCACCCAUGAGAAUUAGACACAGGACUGUAUUGCAGCUGCAGUUCCAGCCGUUGUCACCAGAUGGCAUCCUUGUCUACACUGCACAGCAUCUCAGUGCCAGGGCAGGAGACUUCUUCUGCCUCUCCUUGACAUCUGGGUUUGUCCAGCUGCGAUACAACCUGGGGGAUGGCACCCACGUCCUGCAGUCUGUUGAACAAGUGGACCUGCGCCGCAGUACUUGGCACAUAGUGAAGGCUGGCCGAAUUGGUCACCAAGGCUUCCUCAGUCUGGACAAUAAGGAGGUUAAAGAGAAUGUGACUGAAGGAAUGACCACCCUCGAUGUUGCUACAGACAUCUUUGUUGGAGGUGUGUCCACUCUGAGCUCAGUUUCCACAGAUGCAACUGAAGGGGAGCCAGUGGGAUUCACUGGUGGCUUGAGGGAAUUUAUACUCAAUGGUCAAGAGUUUGAGUUAACAGAGACGGGGGCAGUAGGUGGAGCAAAUGUAGGGGACUGGGAUGGGACAGCCUGCGGGUACAAAGUGUGCCAAAAUGGAGGUCGCUGCAGAGCAAUGGGAAGUGACUCAUUCACAUGUAUAUGCCCACCAUUAUGGACUGGCUCUGUGUGUAACCAGUCUGUAAGCUGUGCAAAGAAUACCUGCAAACAUGGUUCAUUAUGUGCUCCAUCUAGUGUCGCCUCUUACCGCUGCAUAUGCCCCUUAGGAUGGGUAGGGCAAUACUGUGACACAGAAGUGUCCACAGAUAUUCUGAAGUUUGUGGGAAACUCCUAUGUUAAAUACUGGGACAUGAAAUACAAGGCAAGAAAUUUAAAACACAUCCAGGUUUCUUUCAGCUUCCGCACAAGCUCAACUGACAGUUUGAUCAUGUGGAUGGGAAAAGCAGAACACGAAGACGACGACUACCUUGCAGUUGGACUUGAGGGCGGUUGCAUCAAAAUUGCAGUCAAUCUUGGAGAGAGACUUUCCCUCCCAGUAACUGUGAGAAAUCUCAUCCUGCCCUGCAGUGAAUGGAAUAAUGUGUCCAUACACUUAAACAGUACGAUUAUUCAGGUGUUCCUGAACACGAAGCAAAUCCUUUUUGAAGAUGUGGAUCCGUUUGAGCGUUAUGUAGCUUUAGACUAUGGGGCCCAGCUUUACUUUGGAGGAUUUGAAUUAUAUAGAAAUAUAUCAAUUGUGACAUCUGGGAUGUUUUCAAAGGGCUUUGAAGGAAAUCUAAGAAAUGUUUAUUUGUUUGAAGAUACAAAGCCUUUGCUGCUUCUCAAAAAUAGUGAAGGUUUUAAUGUAUAUGAAGGCAAUGAAUAGUUGUCAAAGUAACUCCUGGCAUCUACAAUAGCUGAAAAUUCCCCCUUUGACACCUUCGUCAUUAGAAUGAUCCACCUGUGGUGGAGCAGGAAAAAUAAAUGCAAAAUCACCAUGAGAUUGAAGACAGCAGUGGAUGAGACUGAUGCAGGUGUAUGGUUUGUUGUAAGAUGACUUGCAGAAUAAACAACAUUAAAAUAGUAUUUUUUGUGUGUUUGUCAGGAAACGUAAAGAUUCGGUACUAUCCUAUGUUGACUAAACGUAAUGGGAAGGAUACAUCGCUCGGUUCUGAUUCCUUAGAUAUACAGUGGGUACGGAAAGUAUUCAGACCCCCUUAAAUUUUUCAC